CGACAUUACAAUACAAAGCAUCAAUCAAUACAAUAUCACAUGAUAGUUGCCUGGAAAGGUCUCCGCUAUUAACUAUUACUAGUGGCUUGUUUCAUCAUACCGUCUCCCAGCAUCGCUGGACCUUACAACUCUCUAUACUAUUUUAAUUUCCUACCAACUCAAUGCGACGUGCAGCUCUUCACGCUUUCCGCACUUCGCGUCGUGUUCCGGUAUGGAGAGUUGCUGGUAGGAAGCCGCGUGCUGUGUCGUUUUCCAGCAGCCACCCUCUAGGUCUCCGGCCAUCCUCCGCCGGGAAACAUCCUCCUUUCAUCCCUGCAGCUCUACAGUCAUCGAUGCAUCUCCGGAAUUUUUCUCUCGCCAUUAUAUCGACGGUCGUUGCAUCCGGGGCCUGGUACGCCUAUCAGGGCGGCAGUGCGCAGUCGGCGUCAGUAGCUGGCUUGAACCGCACGAUAUCUACCUCCACCACCGCUUACGCCGAGGAUCCCACGGAGUCAUCUCGUCGAGCUCUUCUGGUGGAUAACGAUCAAUUCUACACCGCGACUAUUAAUGGAGAAGAACCGCUUCGCAAACAAACAGACGACUCUGACCGCCGACUUUUGGAGAUGUUGACACCGGAGCAAGCUACGCGGAAGCUGAGGAAGAACGAAGAAUCAUACUUGGUUAACAGGGGCAAUGGAGUCGUCCGCUAUGAUGUGGUCCAAGUGCCUAGCAAUUCACCGAUCGAAGACGACCAUGCCGAAAAGACAGUAGAGGUGCCGUCCUCUGUGGCUGCGGCGAAAGAGGGUGCAGCCAACAGCGAUUGGAUGUUCUGGGGCGUGUUCGAUGGGCAUUCGGGCUGGACGACUUCCGCUAAGUUGCGCAACGUUCUCAUUUCCUAUGUUGCUCGGGAAUUAAAUACAACAUAUAAGGCCGCGGCUGCUGAUCCAUCUUUACUUACACCUACGUCCGCAGCCAUUGACGCAGCCAUUAAGCAAGGAUUUACCCGUUUAGAUAAUGAAAUCGUGCACAACAGUGUCGAGAAAGUGCUCAAGUCUAACUCGCGGCGAGUUGCGGCCGAAACACUUGCCCCUGCUCUGUCUGGCUCCUGCGCCCUUCUUGCCUUCUAUGACUCCCAGUCAAAGGAUUUGAAGGUUGCCUGCGCGGGUGAUUCCAGGGCUGUGCUGGGUCGUCGUAGCCCGAACGGAAAGUGGUCUGCAACUGCGUUGUCGGAAGACCAGACUGGCGGAACUCCGUCCGAAAUGCAGCGUCUACGAGCAGAACACCCUGGCGAGCCUAAUGUUGUACGCAAUGGAAGAAUCCUUGGCCAAUUGGAGCCUAGCCGAUCUUUCGGAGAUGCGUUCUACAAGUGGAGCAAAGAGACACAAGAUAAGAUUAAGCGACAAUUCUUCGGAAGAACACCUCACCCUCUACUGAAGACACCACCAUAUGUCACCGCCGAGCCUGUUAUCACGACCACCAAGGUUGAACCCAAACGCGGAGACUUCCUCGUCAUGGCUACUGACGGCCUUUGGGAGAUGCUGAGCAAUGAUGAAGUCGUCGGACUUGUCGGUCAGUGGAUUGAGCAACAGCAGUCCGGGACUGUGGGUGGCAACAAGACCUGGCUGCAGAGUUGGUUCAGUUUCGAAAGCAAACAGCUACCCGUCGAAACAUCACAAGAAGCGGGCACCGAAGGCCAACGCCGUCCCAUCCGUCAACAGCAGUACGAUAUCUCAGGCGCAGCCAGCCGAUUCACAGUAGAAGACAACAAUGCUGCCACUCACCUCGUGCGUAACGCUAUGGGCGGCAAGGACAGGGAUAUGGUUUGCGCACUGUUGACCCUCCCUAGCCCCUACUCUCGUCGUUACCGCGACGACGUCACAGUAGAAGUCAUCUUUUUCGGCGAAAGUCCCGACACCCGCACCGUCGAAAUCAACAAGGAAGCUAGCGCAUCCGAAGAAACCCCUAAAUCGAAGCUCUAAACUACCCAGAGAUAUUAGAAUUUCAAUGGCGUAAGACUUUUCUUAUUCGAUUCGCCCCAUCUGAUGAUCCAUCGAGUAUUCUUUAUUCCCCUUUACUUUCCUGUCUUCGAGUGUUUAGUAUAUCGCAUGCUAGAUGAUCGUAAGAUUUGGCGUUCCUCUUGGCUUGGGUGGUGAUUUGCUCUGAAUAUAUCUACCUAGAAUGGCAUACCCGCAUUAAAGAAUCAAUAUACCUAUUUGACCUCUGAAAAGCGUCC